AUGUCUCUCGAGUACGACGAGAAAAAAGAAGGCUUCAGCUCCGAAAUCGCCCCCGCCGUCACCCGUGGCGAGUACGAUGGCGAGGAGGUCGUCCCCAAGGAGGGCCUCCAGAGGAAUCUCAAGGCGAGACAUAUGGCCAUGAUCAGUAUCGGUGGAGUAAUCGGUACGGGUCUUUUCUUGGGAACCGGUUCCGCUCUCGCCAACGGUGGCCCCCUCGGUCUGUUCAUGGGAUACGCGCUCAUGGGAAGUAUCUGUCUCUGUGUCAUGCUCUGUCUCGGUGAAAUGAUCUCCUACCUGCCCGUCCCCGGUGGCCAUAUUACACUCGCUGAGCGAUUCGUCGACCCUGCUUUGGCUUUCACUAUGGGCUGGAACUAUUGGUACAACUGGGUUAUCAUUCUGCCUGCCGAGUUGUCUGCUGCUGCCGUCCUCAUCAACCUCUGGAAUGCUACCAUCAACAAUGCUCUUUGGAUUUCGAUCUGCCUUAUCGUUGUCGUCAUCAUCAAUCUCUUUGGAGUAGCUGCGUAUGGAGAGGCCGAGUUUUGGUUCUCCUCAAUCAAGGUUCUCACCAUCGUCGGUCUCAUCAUCCUCGGUAUCAUCAUCACUGCGGGCGGUGGGCCUGAUCACACGAGCAUCGGGUUCGAGUACUGGCGCAACCCCGGACCUUUCGUCCACUACGAAGGCAUCAAAGGCAGCCUCGGAAGCUUUCUUGGCUUCUGGGCAGUUCUAACGCAGGCUGCCUUCUCUUACAUUGGUACCGAGAUCGUCGCCAUCGCUGCCGCCGAAGCCAAGAACCCCCGACGAAAUCUUCCCCGAGCCAUCAAGCGAGUCUACGUCCGUAUCUUGGUCUUCUACCUUGGUGGUACAUUCAUCAUCGGUCUCAUUUGCCCUUCCAACGAGGACGGUCUUAGUCUCAACUCUGGUAACGCCCUCGCGUCUCCUUUCGUCAUUGCCAUCAGGAAGGCUGGUAUUCCCGCUCUCCCUUCCAUCAUCAACGCCUGUCUUUUGACUUCUGCCUGGUCUGCCGCCUCCUCUGAUCUCUACACGUCGUCUCGAGCUCUCUACGGUCUUGCUCUCUCCGGCAAGGCUCCCAAGAUCUUUACUAGGACUACCCGCAAGGGUUUGCCUUACAUCAGUCUGGCGCUCUGUGCCGCUUUCGGUCUUCUCGCCUUCAUGUCUCUCCAGUCCACCGCUGGUAAAGUCUUUGGAUACUUUAGCAACCUUACAGCGGCUGCGGGUCUCAUGACCUGGUGGGGUAUCUGCUUCAUCUACAUCCGAUUCGAAAAGGGUCUCCGAGCCCAGGGUAUCGCCCGAUCCUCUCUCCCCUACGCUUCCCGACUCAACGUUCGAGCUUCUGCCGCCUAUUACGCCAUCACGAUGAUCACCAUCAUCCUCUUCUUCAGCGGCUGGAGCGUCUUCCUGAAAGACAACUGGGACACUGCUACUUUCGUCACCAACUACCUCCCUCUCUGGCUCUUCCCCAUCCUCUGGAUCGGCUACAAGCUCACCAAAAAGACCCACUUUGUCCGCGCGUCUGAGAUGGACUUCCUCACUGGCCUUGCCGAGAUCGAGGCUGAGUGCUACGAAGAGGCGCCUGCCAAGAACUGGGUCGAAAAGGUGUGGAACGCGAUCAUGUAG